GCCAACGAGUAUACUGUGAUAGUUCUCGAUUGGACAUAUAAGAUUAAUCAAGGUGCAACGAAAAUGCCAGGGCAAGAUCGGUUCUUUGUGUUCACUAUAUUUUUGGUAGUUGUGCUUUCUAUUUUUCAUUCAGGUGAGGCAUUGAAGUGUUAUAAUUGCAAUUCGGCGAUCAGUCCAACCUGUGAAAUAGAUCCAACAUCGGGGGAAGUAGUGUCAUGUCUGGAUAAUAACGUAUGUGUAUCAUAUAAUAUCGUCUGUCUUGGCAAAAAAGUUAUCAUACGUAGCUGCGGUUAUCGCGACUUCUGUAAAUAUACAAAUCCUAACGUGAUCCAAAAUUGUAAAGAAUGCGACACAGAACAGUGUAAAAGCUGGAUACUAACAAGUACAGCAAGUACCUAUAGUACUCGUACAGGUGCAACAAGUACCUAUAGUACUCCUACAGUUACAACAACCUAUAAUACUACCUAUAGUACUACUCCUAUCAGUUACAACAAGUACCUAUAGUACUCCUAUUAGUACUAUAGCAUCAUCAUACUACAGUAUCAACGGAAAGUUGUAAAACAGUUAUUACUGUAAAAUUGAAAUUUUAUUUUGAAAGCCACUGAUCAUAAUAAAAUGAUUUAAAAACUA